AUGUCGGACAUUGUGGAUACGGAACUGCUGGUGAACUGCACAAUUCUUGCCGUGCUUCGCUUUGAGCUGAACAGCAUUGUGAACACGAGUCUAUUGAACAGUCUCAACCGCACCGAGGUGGUUAGCCUGCUAUCUGGAAUUAUCGAUAAUCGAGAUAAUCUCGAGAGCAUCAAUGAGGCAAAGGACUUUCUCACUGAAUGCUUGUUUCCAUCGCCAACACGUCCGUAUGAGCUGCCGUGGGAACAAAAAACAAUUUGGGCCAUCAUAUUUGGACUGAUGAUGUUUGUUGCGAUUGCGGGCAAUGGAAUUGUGCUCUGGAUUGUAACAGGACAUCGCAGCAUGCGCACAGUCACAAAUUAUUUCCUGCUGAAUCUAAGCAUCGCUGACCUGCUGAUGUCCUCGUUGAACUGUGUCUUCAACUUUAUAUUCAUGGUGAAUUCGGAUUGGCCAUUUGGCUCGAUUUAUUGCACCAUCAAUAAUUUCGUUGCCAAUGUAACGGUUUCAACAUCGGUCUUCACAUUGGUUGCCAUCUCCUUCGACAGAUAUAUAGCUAUUGUACAUCCGCUAAAGCGUCGCACGUCACGCCGCAAGGUACGAUUUAUUCUGGUGCUGAUCUGGGCUCUCAGCUGUGUCCUCUCGGCGCCGUGUUUGCUCUACUCCAGCAUCAUGACAAAACACUAUUACAAUGGAAAAUCUCGAACAGUUUGCUUUAUGAUGUGGCCCGAUGGUCGUUAUCCAACAUCAAUGACAGAUUAUGUCUACAAUUUAACCAUACUGGUAUUGACAUACGGUAUACCCAUGAUUGUAAUGCUCAUUUGCUACACCCUAAUGGGACGAGUUCUUUGGGGCAGUCGUUCAAUUGGUGAGAAUACGGAUCGUCAGGUGGAAUCGAUGAAAUCGAAGCGCAAAGUCGUCCGCAUGUUUAUAGCGGUUGUCUCAAUUUUUGCCAUUUGCUGGCUGCCCUAUCAUCUAUUCUUCAUCUAUGCGUAUCACAACAACCAGGUGGCAUCCACAAAGUAUGUGCAACACAUGUAUCUUGGCUUCUACUGGCUGGCCAUGUCCAAUGCAAUGGUCAAUCCGAUUAUCUAUUACUGGAUGAACAAAAGAUUUCGCAUGUACUUUCAACGCAUUAUUUGCUGCGGUUGCCUGGGUUUUACACGGUAUCGAUUCGACUCCCCCAAGAGCAGGACGGCCAACAAGAAUGGCUCGAAUAGAAAUACAAGAGUGGAGACCAAGAGUCAGUGGAAGCGCAGCACUAUGGAAACACAAAUCCAACAGGCACCCACAACAUCGAUGCGUGAAAGGCAGCCGACGGUGCUGGGAUUUAACCACACUGCAGUUGAGUGCAUCAUUGAGCGACCCAUGGAUGACAAUAGUUCGCCCAUUUGCCUGUCCUUCCAGAAUAGUGUGGGUAAGCGGCAGUGUGUAAAAAUAAAAUAUAUCUCAUGCGAUGAGGACAAUAAUCCUAUCGAGCAUGAGCAUAAUACGAGCAUUCACGCUUACAAUCACAAUCGCAGUAGCAGUCACGACCUUAGUCAAGGCCUCAGUCACAGUGUGACGGCAAUUCAAAAUCUUUGAUGGGAUGACUCUGAAAUUACUCAGCGGUUUCUAUUCAUGCCAAUCAAUAAGAAAGGUAUUACAUUGUAAAAACAAAUAAACGAAUUUGUGGUUGUUAGGAGCAAAGUAAAUAAAAAAAC